UUUCUUUUUUUUCCGCAGUUAUUUUGUGAAUGCCCGAUUCGAGCAAUGCGUUAACUGAAGUGUGAAGAGUGAAAUAGAAAAUGACGUUCUUCCUGGGCCAACUCAACGCGUCGUCGCAGCGGAGUCGGCGCCACCAGCAGUUGUCAGUGUCGUCGGCGGCGUCGUCGUCAUCAUCAUCGGCCGCCUUCUCGUCGCGACGUCCCUACGACGUCGGCCGGCAAUGGGACGGACUCGCAGUGUUGGGCGUGAACGCGCGGACGCUGCGACUCGGCCGCCGCGCCCGAGACCAAUUGGCCGCCGAGGCCCAAUGCUACUCGGAGGCGCCUCGGUCGCGUCGCGCCGAGUUGCUGGCGGAUUUGGUGCGAGACGUGGGCGCCAAUGCGCCGUUGUCACAGUCGCUCAAUUGCUGCACGUCGGACGACGGCGCCCUGGGAAGGUGCGACGCGACGUCGGCGCUUUAUUUUGCCCUUAGUGUCGUCCUACUUGGCGUCGGCGCAUUUGUGACGGUCUUUGGCUUUGUCAACUAUUCGGCGGUGUUUGGGCCGAGGGACAGGCCGAUGCCCGAGCACGUGUGGCUCCUGGGUCCCAUUUUUGUCUGCUCGGGGUUGCUCGUGUGCUGCAAGGCCGUGUUGCACAUGCGACGCAAGAAGAUGCUCUUCCAGGUUCUGCGCCUUCAGAACAUCCUCAACUGGGAGUUGCAGCACGAAAGACGAAUGGACAGGAAUCCCAGUGUGCUGACGUUGCCGCCGUCGUACGAAGUAGCCUUGGGAAUGCCGACGACGACGCCGACGACAUCCUGUGAGUCGCCGACGACGACACUGACGAUUCGUGGAGACAUUAACGGGUUGGACGAUCGGGACGGCGGAGAGCGAGUCGACGACGAAGAGGUGUAUUUGGCGCCGCCUAGUUACGACGAGGCCCUGCGACUUUUGGCCCGAUUGCGAAAGGACGACCCGACGACGGACGUGGACUUGGAUAUUGGAGACGUCGGAGGAGGAUGCACGUUGCGAUUGCUGGACGACUUGGUGUCGGUCGGAGUCGAUGUCGGCGAUGAUAUUAUUGUAUUCAGAAACGUCAAGUACACGCCGUUGAGUGAGAAAUCUGGUGCAGACGAGCCAGACAACACCGAAGACCUUCGUUUUGAAGCGAAGCCAAAACAGCGAGUCCCCUGGAAAGCAAUCGGUUUUGCAGUUGUGCUAUUCCUUGGAGGAACUUUGUUGCUGGUUCUGGGGUCCUUGAUUGUAGCUGGAAAAAUAGAAGAAAAGUAUGCUGACCGGACCUGGCCACUGAUUCUUGUUGGGGCGUUGAUGUUCGUACCUGGGGCUUAUCACGUUAGAAUCGCUUAUUUGGCCUUUCGUGGACACCGCGGAUACUCAUUUGACGACAUUCCGAGCUAUUACGACGAUUGA